CCCCUGCGUCUAUCGAGCCGGAGGGGAGGGGAGCCGGAGAAAACGAAAAAAAAAAUCCCCGAUCCACGCCAAACCCUAGUCGCCGAUGAUGGACGGCCGACGGCGGCGCGGCGGAAGCCCGGACCUUUCCUACGUAGAUUCGGCGGGCAUCGUCCGCAACAGAUCCGUGAUUCUGGGCACCAUCCACGGCUACUACAAGGAGGCGCUCGAUGCGCUGCCGCUGGAGGACAUGUCGGAGCUUGCCCCGCGCCUCCUCGACGCUGGCGUCUGCUUCGGCUUCGCCGACACUAUCACCAACAUUAUCGCCAACACCCUCUGCUUCCUCCCCGACAAGGAUGGCGAGCCUGAGCCCGACGGCGCAAAGAAGCGCAAGCGGAAGAUGAUGACGAAGACCAAGGCGUCAGCGAUAGCGAGGGAGGAGGUCCUCUCCGAGAUCGUCGCCGGCGACGUCCCCUCCCCUCCGGAGGCACGAACCAUCGCAGAGCGAUCGCUGGAGGGCCUGAUCACCUUCCUGACAUCUUAUUUCUACUACCUCCCCACCUGGGAUGCGCUGCGCUACUUGUGCCUGGCCAACGCCGACCUCCUCGUCGCAGUCCGCCUCAUCGAGCUCGACCGCUGCUACCACAACAAGGAUGAAUUCCACAUCCGCUCAUACGCGGUCAAGACUGCUCUCAAAUACGCAGCAUUGUCGGCAAGGCAGCCCAAUGUCGACGACUUCUGCACCAGUUCGUUUUCGCUAGCGUCUCAUCUCAAAUUGAUCACCCAGACUGUGCUACCAAAUCGCAGCUGCCGACUCUCCACUGAACAAAUCUACUGGUUGUCCGGAACGCUGAAGAAGCCGCUCAAGCUUAAGAAGUCGGGCAACCCAAUGGUUCUUGCUGAUGAACGGGUUCAUAACUGCCACAGCCAUGCAAGCGGCGAGAAGGUGCCGGGUGGGCUCACAAUAUCGCUCCGGGUUGUUCUUCUGGACAGAAUUCAUGCUCAGUAUCUCAAAGCAGUUUCUCGGCUACCCAUGCAAGAUGUUCGGGUUCGUUACCACCGCGGCCUCGUCAACGCCGGUUACUGCUAUGGUCCGUUCAAUCCUGUGUCCAACAUCAUUGUCAACACCAUCUGGUGCAGCACUGCCUUCCCUGCUUCGGAAGAAUUUGAGGUGGAUAUGAUCUGCACCUCGACCUUUGUACGUGUGGAGUCUCGGUCCCUUAGUGGCCUCAUCAAGCUGUUGCUUGCAUGCAUUCCUGAGAUAUCCGAGCACGAGGCUAUGGUUUAUUUGCUAAAGAAUAAUCUUAAAGUCCGCAAAGCAAUCCGGAUGGCAAGAAUGGAAGGUUGUGAUAUAUCCAGCUGGGAUGUUAGUGCCUACAAGGCUGCAGCGGAUGCAUCGUUUCAUCCUGAACUUGAAGCUUAUGUAGAGUUUGCCACGCAAUCCCUACCUUUGGUGCAGUCUGCUGUCAAGUCACUGCUGCAAGCUUCUAACUCACUUUCCUCCAGCAAGGUUCUUCAACUUUCCAUGCUACUGUCUCCUUCAAAUUGCAACCCUGCUAAACCUUUGGAAGCAACUAUUGAGCUGUCUAACGAUGCAUUGGAGAUGUUCACGAGGUUCAAGGAAAAUUUUAUCAGUCAACAGACUUUCUUUCGCAGAAAGGUUGAAGCUGCAUUGAGGAACAAGGGAUAUUUCUAUGAACUUCGUGUUAUCUGUGUUGCAAAUGAGCGUGUAGGCCGCCAAAAAAGCUUCCUGGACUUCAAAUGUCCAUAUUCACAUGUAAACUUCUUGGCAAGCCCAAAAGUUGGAACCGGUCUUAAGUUAUUUUUUGCUGAGUUCGGUAAUGAUGAUGAUGAUGAUGAUCAGUCCUCUUGCUGCAUUGUGUCAAACAAAUCAAUACACAUUCGUUGCUGUUAUUGUGAGUAUGAAGGGACCAGGAUUGUGCAUCCGGUUGAGAACUACUGCGGCGGUGACGUGGACUUUGCGAAAAUGGCUCGCGGCGAGCAUGAUAUCACCAAUGCAAGGAUCAUCAGUGGUGGAAAGUUGGCAAUCAGUAGAGUAGGCAUGUGCGGUGAGGAUUAUAUCUAUUUUGAUCCUACCCGAGACAUUAAGCUCAUCCAAGGCAUGAACCAAACUGCUUCGACGGCGAAUGCAAGCUGGAGUGACAUCGAGAGGAUAGCUCAGACAUAUGUAUUCUGAUGUCCUUCUGUUUUUAUGAAGAUGCUUUUUUGGAAUGUAGUUCUGUGUGAAUUGGGUGGUCAUUCAUGAUACACUGCAAUGAUACGGCAGAAAAUGAGUUUCAGGAUGUAUACCGCUGUCCUUUAUUGGUAUAAAGAUGCCUUUUCUUGUAAUUUUGCGUGAGUUGGGAUAUUCAGAUAUUUUGGUAUAGUGGUGGUUUGCUUUCACAAAGGUAGCUUCUCUCUUGCUUGUACUUCCCGCUACAUCUCAAGGCACAGUGUUAAGUUCAGAUAAUAGUCUUUCCCCGCUAAAUGUUCUCUGGUACUUUGGUUGUUGAGUUGAGGGAUUGGUUGUGCUACUUGUAGGAUACCACAAUGAUAUUUGAUUUUUCUUUUUCUCCUCCAUUA